UUUUUUUUUUUUUGUCCUUUUUUCCUUUUACCUUCAGGCGAACCCAACUCGCGGGUUUGUGAUGAACCCAGGCGCCUGGGUUCAUCGCAAACCCAGGAUGAACCCAGCUUGCGCGACUGGGUUCGCGACUGGGUUCGCAAUGAACCCAGCUCAUGUGAUUGGAUUGGCAAUGAACCCAGCUCGCGCCUGGGUUCACGACAUACCAGACGCAAGCUGGGUUCUCAAUCUCUGCCAAGUUGCGAACCCAGGUGCGAGCUGGGUUCUCAAUCCCUGCCAAAAAAAGGAAAGCAUGUUCUUCUCAAACAAACAGUUCUAGAAACAUCCAACAACAGAAAACACAAGAGCAGCAAAAAUUUCAGGAAAUUGAAAAUUGAGGAUUUGAAAUUCCAGCACUCAAUGUCAAAACCUAUUCAACUUUGAUCACA